GGCCAGAUUACAAACAAGCUGCUGAAAAUUUUGCCUCACAGUCAUAUUAGUGUGCCACAAAAUCAUAUCGAAAGCGAGAUGAACCACUUUUACCCAAUAUGUGCGUCUAAUGUUACCAUAAAGUUCAAGCACAGUCUUAUAUGCACAAAUUGAAGCCUAAUAAAUCCCUAGUACAACGGUGCCUUCUGAUUGGUUGACUUUUUCCAGUUUCGGGUAGUGUUUAACGUGUUAAAUAACGUGUUGGUUUGCCGCGAAAUUGUUUACAUUCUAGAUUGUUAGAUAUUGUGGGAAUUUGCUGUUUGUUUUUUUUCGCUCUUUGAUCUGAUUUUUUUAAAAUUUAUUAGACCUAGUUUAUGCUAAGAAUUCGUGUGAUCUGUUUCAGAUUUUUUUUUUGUUAAAAUAUUUUUUUUUAGUUUUAUAGCGAUAAUAUCUAAAUUUGUUCGAUGACAUUUUGAUCUUGUCUGUGUGUAAGGAAUUGUAAUAUACAUGAUAUAAGAGCAAUGUUUUCUGCAGCGAUUACCAGAAAAAUUCCAAACUUUUUUUCCAGUUUCUUAUGGUCUCGUCGUAUUGCAACAUUUCUGGAUCCCUGUUUGGGACUUUCUGAGCAGCAAGUACAGAUUCAAAAUAUUGCACAAGACUUUGCGAUGAAGGAAAUGUUUCCAAAUAUGGCCAUAUGGGAUGAGAAGGAAAUAUUUCCUAUUGAAACUCUGCGAAAGGCUGCUGCAUUAGGCUUUGGUGCUAUUUACAUUUCGGAAGAUCAUGGAGGUGCAGGCUUGACACGGUUAGAUGCUUCAAUAAUUUUUGAAGCAUUAUCUCGUGGGUGUGUUAGUACUACGGCUUAUUUAACUAUUCAUAACAUGGCUCUGUGGAUGAUCGAUCAUUAUGGAAACAAGGAACAAAAGCAGAAGUGGUUGCCAAAACUUUCUACAAUGGAACAUUUUGCUUCAUAUUGUCUUACUGAGCCAGGCAGUGGAAGUGAUGCAGCUUCAUUAAUGACUACUGCUAAAAGAGAUGAAGAAUUUUAUGUAUUAAACGGUACAAAGGCUUUUAUCAGUGGUGGUGGUGAAUCUGAUAUUUAUGUUGUUAUGGUAAGAACUGGUGAAAGAGGACCAAAAGGAAUUUCGUGUCUGGUUGUGGAGAAAGGAACACCUGGAUUGAGUUUUGGAAAAAAAGAAAGGAAGCUUGGAUGGAAUUCUCAACCAACACGUGCUGUAAUAUUUGAAGAUUGUAGAGUUCCUACAUCAAACAGAAUUGGGGCUGAAGGGCAAGGAUUUAAUAUUGCUAUGAAUGGCCUCAAUGGUGGUCGAAUUAAUAUUGAAAGUUGCAUCCUGUCCUUAGGUGCAGCUUAUUCAAGUUUAGAAAUAGCAUCUGAGUAUGUCAAAACAAGAAAACAAUUUGGAAAAUCUCUUUCUGAGUUUCAACAUAAUCAGUUUCUCCUCGCUCGCAUGGCAUCGAAUUUAAUUGCUUCUCGUUUAUUAGUCCGUAAAGCUGCAGAAACUUUGCAGAAAGGUGGCUUGGAGACUGUGUCAAUGUGUGCUGCAGCUAAAUAUUUUACUACUGAGAAGUGUUUUGAGAUAGUAAAUCAUGCUGUGCAAUUGCAUGGUGGCUAUGGAUAUCUGAAGGAUUAUCCUGUACAGCAAUAUUUGAGAGAUAUAAGAGUUCAUCAAAUCUUAGAAGGUACUAGUGAAGUGAUGUUGAUGCUUAUAUCCCGUGAUAUGUUAAGAAAGUUUUCCUGAGCAUUGAAAUCAAAAUCAGAUCUUGAAAUCAAAAAUGUAACUGAUUGUGCUAUGUGUUAUGUGUUUUGGGUAAAACUAAAAUGUAUGCAGUAUGUAACAGUAUUUGCUUCAAAAACUAAGAAAUGAAACAGGAAGUAAACUUACAAAAAACCAAAAAGACAGCUUUGACUUAAUUGUGUAUCUCAUGCAAGUUAUAGGUAAUGGAGUGUUAACAGACUUGUAUUUUUCAAAAAUUUCAGUUAACUGAAAUCUAGGGUUAUGUGUUAAAAGAAAUUUCUAAAACUACUAUUUAAUCUAAGUAAAUAUUAUUUUGUUCAAAUCA